AUGAUAUAUGAUAAUAUAAAUGUAAUUCAAAAUAAUCCUUUGAUAAUAAUAGAUAAAUUUCCAUAUACCAAAAAAAAGGAAAUUAAUAUAGACAAAAAUGUUGAAAAAAAAAAAAUUACUAAAAUAUAUUUUUUAACUCAUUUUCAUGCUGAUCAUUAUAUGAAUAUAAAUAGACACUUUAAUGAAAAUGUUUUUACUUCAACUAUAACAAAAAGUCUAUUAGUGAAUAUAAUUGGAAUUAAUGAAAAAUAUGUUCAUAAUUUAAAAAUUAAUACAAAUUAUUAUCUCUUCAACUUUGAAGUCAUUUUUAUUGAUGCAAACCAUUGUCCUGGUUCUGUUAUUAUUUGUUUUCAAUUUUUAAAUGGAACAAAAAUAAUUCACACUGGUGAUUUUCGCUAUUCGAAUAUACAUAGUUUUUUGAUAAAAAAAUUAUUAAAUUUUACAAAUGUAAAAGAAGAAAAAGACAAGGAAAAUGUAUUAAAAGAACUUGAAACAUUAGAAAUGAAAAAUAACAUUUUGUUGAAAAAAAAAGAAAGCAAAAAGUAUAUAGUUUUCAAUAAUAACAUAUAUAAUAUUUGCUACAUUAAAGAAAAUUUUACAAUUUAUAAAAGUAAUAAAUAUAUUGUAAGCAUUGAAGAAUUUAGAAUAGUUUAUUUAAAAAUUAUUGAAGAAUUAUUAUUAAACAUGAAAAAUAUAAAAAAUCAAUUUUUUUUAUAUGACUCUAUAGAAUUUGAAAAUUUUUUUAGCUAUUUCAUUUUUAUAGAAUUGUUAUUAUAUUUUAAUCAAAAUGAACAAGAAAUUUCAAUAUUAUAUGAAGAUAAAAAACUGAAUGAAAGUGAUAUAAUUUUAAAUAAUGAGAAUAUAAAAAAUAUCCGUUUUAAUUUAAAUUUUCUUAAAAAGGAAGAAAUAAAAACAAAUUGUAGUUUUAUCGAUAAAACAGAAUUACUGAAUUGUAAAAAUUAUGAACUUUAUGAUAUGAAUUCAAAAAAAAUAUUUGAAUCAAAAAAUAUAAAUAAAGAAAAUAUUAAAAUAGAAAAUAAAGAAGAUACGUAUGAAGAAUAUGCAAGUUUUAACGAAUCUUGUUGUCACAUGAAAAGUAGAGAAAGAUCAAAAAUCAAAAAUAUCCUUAAAAAGAAAAAUAAUGAUCUUAUAAAAAGUAAUAGAAAUAUUUAUCUAAAUGAAUUAAAAGAAAAUUCAAAUUAUAUUAAGACAAUUUAUCUUGAUACAACAUAUGCACUCACUAAAAAUAAUUUAUUUCCACCUCAAAUGUACUUGGUAAAUUACAUCAUUUAUUUAUGCAAAAAAAAAAUAAAUAAUGAUUCAUAUAAUGAAUAUGAUUUAAAUAAAAUAAAUUAUUUAUCAGAUAAAAAAAAAAGAAACGAAAAAACAAAUGAAGAAAUAGAGGAACAAAAAAAAGAAAAUAAUAAAAAAGAGAUAUAUGUGAAGAAAGAAAAAAAAGAAGAAAAUAGAAAUGAAAAAAAAGAAAAUAAUAAAAAAGAGAUACAUGUAAUGAAAGAAAAAAAAGAAGAAAAUAGGGAAAAAGUAUAUGAAGGAAAGGAGAAUAUAAUUUUAAAAAAUAAAAGAGUAUCAAAAAAAACUUUAUUUUUGUUUGGAACAUAUAAUUUAGGUAAAGAAAAAAUAUACUUAAGUGUUUCUGAAGCUUGUAAUAUGAAAAUAUAUUUUAAAAAUAAAAAAAAAAAAAUAAUAAUUGAAUCAUUUUUAAAUAAUAAGAAUAUUUUAGAUAGAAUAACAGAUGAUAAAUUAGAAGCUCAGAUUCAUAUCGUUGAUAUUAAUUACUCUUGUAUAUUUCCUAAAAUAGAUAAAAAUAAACUUAAAAAUUUGAUAGAUGAAGAAAUAGAGAAAGAAUUUGAUUUUUUUUAUUAUAUUAUUCCUACGGGAUGGGUUAAAAAAUAUUCCUUUUAUGAAAAAAAAAAUAUUUCUAUUUUUUUAAUACCAUAUAGUGAACACUCAAAUUUAUUAGAAUUAAUUAGUUUUGUAAAAUCUAUUAAGCCUUGUAAUAUAAUUCCAACUGUUUUUUCAAAUCCCAAAGAAAAAUUGAAAAUUUUAAAUACAUUUAAUUCUUAUCUAAAUUUAAAAGAAGAAGUAAGAAAUUUCUUAAAAAUAAAAAAUAGCAAUCAAAUAAAAAAUAAAAGAAUAUCAAAACAAAAUAUUAAAGAACAAAAGGAAAAGAAAAAAAAUUUUAAAUAUAAAACCAAAGCAGAAAAAAUUUUCUGUGAUAAAAAUCAAAAAAAAAUAACAUCCUUUUUUUCUUUCUUAAAAAAGGAAGAAUAA